GUGAGCUGUGAUUGGUCACACCUUGUCACAUGGUACAAGGCUGUUGUGAAUAGCCUUGUACCAUGUGACCUCUGUGAUCAUUCACAGAUUUCACACGUAGUAAGCAAUGAUGUCAGGAAGUGACAUCUUGCUUACUACUUUUGCAUGUGAUCACUGAUUGGCCUAUCAGUUAUCACAUGAUCGGGACCUCGCACAGAGAUCCUGGCCAAUCCCCAACAGGAGACUUGGCAUGGGGCCAGGACAGCCCGAAAUGUUGGCUAUACGUUAUACAAUUUUCUUUAGAAAAUUCAAUUUACUUUAGAUUUAUCUUCAACUAUGUAGUGCAGGAGCUUGCCUGA